AUGCAAGAGGAUGCACGUCUCCAGCGUUUCUCGUUCGUUGGAAUCGAAGCCACGGUAAGGCCCGAACAGCGGCGGCGAAACGCAGGAAGUUGCUCAGGCAAACAUGUCGAACUUCUUACGCGAUUGCUUCUCUGCCUCUUUUUGACGACGCUUGCGCUAUCGCCGGUGUGCCACUCUCAAACGCCCUCUACUUCAUCCAACCCUAAAGGAGACAUAGCAGUGGAGGACACACUCUUCGACGCACCAUCCGCACGGAGUGUGGCGCUGCGCUACACCUUUCCCGGCACCAGUUUGGCCUUUCUAGUGACAGCGAGUGGUCAUCUUCACGCCUAUGACCUGGAGCGUGGCAACUAUGCCUGGUGCGCCGACGCGGGCGGUGACAUGAUCACCGUGACGAUAGACAUGCCGCCGUCAAAAGAGACGGCCCUGCGCGACCCAUUGGCGCUUCCAUUUCUUGUGCGUGGCAACAGCCUUUUUACGCACAUUCCGCUCUUCAUCUACACUCCAUUCGAGUCUAUGGAUACAGCGGAGCGGCUCGAAGGAUUGCCGCAGUUUCUGCGGCCGUACUUUUUUAUGAACAUUUCAACGCUGCUGAGGCGCCAAACACUCUUCUUUGGGGGCACGGAUGUGUACGUGACUACCUCGGUGCAGGUGGCGGAUCUCGACGCGAGCACAGGACGACCUGUUGGGUCUCGAGAGGCUCGAUCGCAGACUUUCUGCAGCAGCAACUCCACCAGAAGCUCACCGUGCGACGACUCAACGGCAGAUCCACAACACAUCUCGCAUAACGAGCUCCUUCCUCUACUGCACACUGUCCGCUACAACAUUUUUCUGCAUGCGGUGAAGGCGGGCGAGUAUAGCUGGUCCAUCUCUCUCUCGCAGCUGCGCAUGUCGCCUAAUGCCGUCACUCAGCCGAGCUCCCCACCGCACUUUUCCGAACACAGCGCAGCGGAUAUCUCAUCGUCAUCUCCUAGAGACGGCGACAGUGAGAAAGCCCCGCGUUUUUUCUCACAGUUUAUGCGCAACAUGUUCGAUUACGAUGACGAGCAUUCGGUGAACGUGACUCACAAGCGCCCUGCAGAUCCGCAGGGGGAAUCGACACCCGCCGACCGGACGUCAACGGCAUUGCUGAUGAACAGAUUUCAACGCACUCGUACUCAGGCAGCGGAGUAUGUCAGUCGCAUGGUCGCUGUACAGCAGCUCAAUGCAAGCCAUGUCUGUCUCCGAAGCAUUCAGGAUGACACAACAGCCUGGACAUCGACGUUGCCGCAUGCGACGUGCGAGCGUUCUCCAGAUGGGACACCUUCGGCUGCAUCAUCCUCGAAUGCCACCGCCACUGUGCUCGCUGCAUAUGUGUGGGUGAGUGGCGCUGACGAGAUCUUUCGUGUUCCCGUUCUACGCUCAAUCUCCGGCAGUAUGCUGGAAGAGGUGGAACACCAUGGCAUGCAAACAGAGACCAACACGAGUGAUGGCGCUGCUCACAGUCUGCAGAGACUCACAUCUACUUCACUCGGUGGGGCUCUGGUGCCCACAAUGCACACCGCGACUGGGCUGCAGCUCGUGCCAUUUCUGCAAUACGGUGGCGUGAGGUUGGGUCAUGGUCUCGACCGCAGCACCGGUGGUGCGUGGGUUCCUGAUGACGUUGAGGCUGAUGAACGUGAGGAGACGGAGCUCGCUGCCUACUAUCAUCAGUGCACCUGGUGGGAAGCACCGUUUGUGUCCUCGCCCCUGCCGGGUGCAUUCAACAGAAAAGCCAAUGCUGGGGCUUUUCAAGCUGUUGAUUACUCAACGUUGUUGAGAGCAGUGUCCGAUACAAAAGGUGCCUACUCUAGCGAUAGCCCGCUACUGGGCCUCGGGAACUCAGGAGCGGUGGUGAAAACCGGCUUGGCCUGGCGCACUGCUGCCAUCAUCUCUUUUCACGUGCUCUGCCUCGCCGGCUCGAUCGCUUUCCUAUGCGCCGGCGUUCCACCACGCGGGCAGCUGCAGCGCGCCUGGGCCCAGGCAGACCGCAACCGGGACCGAGUCUCCCACACGUCCUCAUCUCGUCAACAAUCGGCGCAGCUUGUGCCGCAAGACCUGCGCUCCCCACACGGCGGAAGAUGCACCCCGUUUAACCUCAAACUCGAUCCCUUUUCGAUGGAUACCUUUGGUGUGGGCAACAUGCCGAUGGGCUCUGUCAACAUGACGACUGUGUCACUUCCCCACUCGGACGAGUCGCUGCAGGAGCUCAUGCGGCAUCACCAGCUCGGAUGCCUCAGCAAGUCACCGCCAUGUUCGCCAUGGGUGAACCCGACCCCAGAGCUAAUGUACGCCAUCACGUGCGAGGAAGGCGAGAAGAUGCUCCCUGUGAAAGCAACGGCAACAGCCAUCACGACUGAAGGGGCUGACACUUCAUCAAAGUCGGGUGUUGGCAUGACGCUGUCCUCGUUCCGAUGUACCCCAAAGAAAGCGGCGACAGGACUGUCGCCAAGUCCUACCGGUUCAGCGGCAGCCAAUGAGCCUGCGGUGCUCGCCUCGAACAGCUCGAGCGACGACGACACUCUUGACAUCGACCUCGGCGAGCGCUGGUGGCUGCGAGCGCAGUUUCCGCCGCGGCAGCGUAUAAAUGCCCCGUCGCCGGACGAGACGUUUUCUGAUCGUGGCAGCAGUAAUAGUCAUUCUCAAGCUAACACCAGACCAGUGGAAGAAGGCAAGCUGUUUCAGCUUCACUUCAAGGUCCUCGAGAAGAUUGGCUUUGGAGGUGAAGGGUCUGUGUUCUGCGUCGAGCACCGCGUGACGCAUGCACGGUACGCCAUCAAGGUGAUUCAAAUCCACGAGCAAGACGAGGAGCGAGUGGUGCAAGAAGCCGUUUUGCAUAGCUCCUUUGACAACGCCAACGUGGUGCGCUUCUACUUUUGCUGGAUCGAGGAUAUUGCUGUGUCCACGGCAAAGCGCCUGCAGCUGUGCCAGCGCGACGAGGACGGGCUCGACACGGCAUCGCUGACCUACAGUGACAACUCACUUACGAUGCCAACUCCCGAUAGCGCAAACCAGCACAACACCGGCCUCGGCGCGGAGUCCAGAGCUGGCAACACCUACCAUAUGCUCUUCAUCCAGAUGGAGUACUUUCCACGCGGGACACUGGCGGACUGGCUUCGUCGCCGCAACGGCUUCUUUCGGCUUGAGGUGCUGCGCUACAUGAAGCAGAUCGGCGAGGGCUUGGCGUACUUGCACAACCAAGACGUUGUGCACCGUGACUUGAAACCAACGAACAUCUUUGUCUCAAACGAGAACAUCCUCAAGAUAGGAGACUUUGGCCUCGCAAAACGGCGCGGCAAUGCUGCCGGAAGCACUGGUGACUUGACAUCGAACGUUGUUGGUGGUCAGCAGGAGCGGUCCGUGGUCUGCGGAAGCCCACUGUAUUCUAGUCCGGAGCAAACACGCGGAGAGCCGGUGAACAAGCCGUCCGACAUUUUCUCCCUUGGCAUCAUCGCCGUGGAGAUGUUGUGCACCUUUACCACGCUUCACGAGCGCAUUCACAUCUUGACCGACGCCCACCAUCUCAUUUUACCAGAGGAACUCGAGGCUGAGUUCCCUGACGAGGUGCAGUUGAUCAAGUCUAUGUUGGCAGCGAACCCGCUGCAGCGGCCGCCGAUACGAAAGCUACUUCGGCAGAUCAACAAGCUCAUCGUUACCCUGGAAUCACAGGAGAGCGACGAGGAAGCCGACAAGGCACCGCUACGCUCCCCUCUCCACGGCGCGGGCCACUCAGGAUCGCGCAACGGCUGUUACGGAGAGACUGUCGCUUCCCUUGUUGGCGAUCGCACAGCAGCGCGAGCUACAGCCACGACUACCAACAAGGCUGACAAUACACCAUUAAACCCAUGUGUCAGCGAUACGGGGUCGUCGGGUUGCCGACCGGUUGCGAUGGACCUCCCGAGCAGCGGCCUUAUCGGUUCCUUUGUGGAGAUCCAUGAUUUGUUCCUACCGCCGCUAUGUGAGGAGAAGGCGCGUGCCAAUGUGCUGCCACUGUGGCAGCGUGAGGCCGCUACUGAUACCAGCGUUGCAACUGUCUUGGCCGCGGCAGCCACCAAGUCCGAGCAUGAUAACGAUGGGACCCCCCUGGAGCAACAUGUUGUUCAUCAAGGAGACUCUCUCUUCUCUGGCCACAGCUCAACGAUGGUGAAGCGUGGUAACACGUACCACCACCGCCGUCUCGGAUCGGCCAGCCUCAACACAGAGGUGGAAACAGGACACCUGCCGAGCGCUGCGGUGGUCACUACCAACUCUGCGACGCGGCAGGAGUUGUUCGUAAAUGACCCCUAUGGUCUCCCCAAUAUUCCCGUGAUGUACACGGGGGACGCUGAUCUGUCCACUAUCCUGAGGCGCGACCUGCAGGAUCGAACUGUCUCUGCGCCGGACUGA